AUGGCGCUCCAACAACAUGAGCCCGCGCCAAUUGCGCCUCAAUCCUCCUUGUCUUUUACCCAAGGCUUUCUCCUCGGGCAGCUCUCAGUAGUACUACUGAUUGGAGCCUUCAUCAAGUUCUUCAUCUUUGGUGAAGCGCCACCCCCUCCGUCCCGGGGCAUGUCCAAUCGCACCACCCACCGCCGCUACAGCUCAGUCUACAACCCGCCACAAGACGGGCAGAAAACAUUACGAGAGAAACCAUCCACAUCAAACGUCCUUCGUCCUGUACCUGCUACUUCCACGAAUACCCGCUCCAUCCUCCGCAAGACCUACUACAGCGCCAUCCCGACCAACCCCACUAGCAAACAUGGCCGACACCGCAUGCAUCAUUCGUCCCAUCAGCCAGAGUCACUGGACUGGUUCAAUGUUCUCAUCGCGCAGACAAUUGCCCAGUACAGGCAAACAGCCUACUCCCUCAAAGAUUCGCCCACCUCCUCCAUCCUCAGCUCCUUGACGGCGGCCAUGAACAACCCGGAGAAGAAACCCUCCUUUAUAGACAAAAUCAACGUCACCGACAUCUCGCUCGGGGAGGAAUUUCCCAUUUUCAGUAACUGUCGCAUCAUCGCCGUCGAUGACCCCAAUUCGGAUGGUGGACGGCUCCAGGCCCUGCUGGAUGUUGACCUCAGUGACGACAACCUCUCCAUUGCCGUCGAGACAUCUAUGGUCCUAAACUACCCCAAACCCCGAUCCGCAAUCCUGCCAGUAGCACUAUCCGUCUCAGUUGUGCGGUUCUCAGGCACACUCUGUAUCUCCCUCAUCCCAGCAUCGACAGAUCCGCUCCAUACACCUGCGGGGUCACCAGCACCACCACCGGAGCCAGGGUACAAUGCAAGCCACCCACCCAGUUCAGCAGAUCACACAACUUCAGGUGAUCAGCUCCCGCCAAAAAGCAGCCCAAAGAGCAAUGUCGCCUUCUCUUUCCUCCCAGACUACCGCCUAGACCUCUCAGUCCGCUCACUCAUCGGAUCCCGCAGUCGCCUACAGGAUGUACCAAAGGUAGCCCAACUAGUCGAAGCACGCGUCCACGCCUGGUUUGAAGAGCGCGUCGUCGAACCCCGUGUUCAGGUCGUCGGUCUUCCAGACCUGUGGCCUCGCAUGGGUAGGACAGGCGUCCGAACAGGCGAGGACUCGGACGCCGGGUCUACAGCUCCACCACGAAGCGCUGGCUCAGCCGAUGGAAGUUCGCUUCGAUUCCCUGAUGGCCAUGAACUGGAGCCAGAGGGUCUACGGUUCCGAGGGAGUCUGGAUGCGCGGUUAGGGCUUGGUGCUGGCUCCCGCAUGAGUAGCUUUAAUGUUGAUAUGGGCGGCGUGAGGAGCUCGAGUAUGACUCGGCAGGAUAGUGCUGGUGCUACCAGUGAUCAUUUUGACAUGCCUGGUGCUAUGCCGGCUGGGACGCCGAUUCCUGAGGGUGCUUGA